AUGUCUCAAUCUGAUUUUGAUCUUGUUAAACUUCACUGCGGUGUGCAGACUUAUGACUGGGGGAAGUUGGGCGAAUCUUCUGCUGUUGCACAGUUUGCAGAGUCCGCAGAUCCCAGUUUCAAAGCAGACCCAACCAAGCCAUAUGCUGAAUUGUGGAUGGGAACUCAUCCUUCAGUUCCAUCUUUUGCUGUAUCUUCUUCAGUUCAAUCUACUUCUCUUCGUACUGUUCUCAGCAAAUAUCCUGGCCUGAUGGGCGAUCGAAUCACAGCCAAGUUUGGUCCAGGAGAGCUUCCAUUUUUAUUUAAAGUUCUUUCUAUUAGAAAGGCAUUGUCUAUUCAAGCACACCCCGACAAGGCUCUUGGGAAACAACUUCAUGCAUCAGAUCCCAAAAACUACCCCGAUGGUAAUCACAAGCCUGAGAUGGCUAUUGCUAUAACCGAUUUUGAAGGCUUCUGCGGCUUCAGACCUCUUGCCGAAAUCUCUGCAUUGCUCAAAAAUAUUCCUGAGUUUGUGGAGCUUAUUGGUGGCCAAAAAUUUGCUGACGAGUUCAUCAAUGGCUACAAAGAACUGUCUCCCGAAGAUAAGGAAGGUUCUCCUAAAGAUGUUUCAAACCGCAAAGUUCUUCAAGCUCUUUUUUCUAGAGUUAUGAAUGCAUCUCAAGAUACUGUUUCUAAAUUUACAGUGUUACUGGUAGAGCGUGCUUCCAGGGAACAAGAAAAGUUUGGAUCUAGCAUUGAUCCUAGUUAUAAGGGUCCUUUUGGAAAAUCACUUGCUGAUCUUAUUAUCAGAUUGAACAAACAAUUCCCAGAAGAUAUCGGGCUUUUUUGUGGUGGCUUAAUGCUUAACUAUGUGACUCUUAAAUCUGGAGAAGCUAUGUUUUUAAGGGCUAAAGAUCCCCAUGCAUACAUUUCUGGGGAUAUAAUUGAGUGCAUGGCUGCCAGUGAUAAUGUUGUUCGUGCUGGAUUUACACCAAAGUUCAAGGAUGUUCCAAAUCUUGUUUCAAUGCUCACUUAUUCCUAUGAUCCAGUGGAAAAACAAAAAAUGGUUCCUGAACCUUAUCCUUUAUCUAAAUCAUCCUCGGAUUCUGUCAAGAAUACACUCUUUAACCCCCCAAUUGAUGAGUUUGCAGUGGUUCAAACAGUCUUAUCCAAGAAAGGCGACUCCACAACUCUUCAGGCACUUGAUGGCCCAUCUAUUAUCAUCAUCACUGAGGGAUCGGCUAAGCUUAGUAGUAAGACUACUACUUUGGAUUUCCCUCGAGGUCAAGUUGCCUUCAUUGGUGCAGGAACAGCAGUGGAGUUGACAAAUACAGGAGAUGACGAAGUUGUCACCUACACUGCCAUUGUGGAGGUCUCUGCCGCAUAA